GAUUAAAUCUUUCCGCUGUUUCAGGGUAAUAUGGCGCUGCCGUCUGUGUGCGUGUCCCGAGCCUGGGCUCCGGGGGGUGACCUGUGGGGGGCAGAGGGGUCGGGGGAGGGGACUGGAGGGGCCGCGGCUCUGAGCAGUGGAUGGGCAGUACCCGCGGGACUGGAUCCGGUGGAGUUUGUAAAGCCGUACACAGAGGGCGAGUCUGGGGUCCAGAUCAGAUUACACCAUGGGACCACCACCAUGGCAUUCAAAUUCCAACAUGGGGUCAUCGUGGCCGUGGACUCCAGAGCCUCAGCGGGAUCCUAUAUAGAUACCCAGACUUUCAAUAAGGUGAUCGAAAUUAACCCCUAUUUACUGGGCACCAUGUCAGGCAGUGCAGCGGACUGUGUGUACUGGGAACGCAAGUUAGCCAUGCAUUGCAGGAUUUACCGGCUGCGGAACAAGCAGCGAAUCUCGGUUUGUGCAGCCUCCAAACUGCUGGCCAACAUGGUGUCUGAGUACAGAGGAAUGGGCCUCUCCAUGGGCACCAUGGUCUGUGGCUGGGACAAGAAGGGCCCUCAACUGUACUACGUGGGUGAUUCAGGUAUGAGACUCUCUGGGGAAAGGUUCUGCACAGGGUCGGGCAGCACCUACGCCUAUGGUGUUCUGGACAGUGGACACAGACAGGACAUGGAGGUGGAGGAGGCCUAUCAGUUGGCACAGAGAGCGAUCUACCAUGCCACGCACCGCGAUGCCUACUCUGGGGGCAAAGUGAACAUGUAUCACAUGCGAGAGGACGGCUGGAUUAAAGUUUCGCAGGAGGAUGUGGGUGAUCUUCACUACAAGUACGCAGCGGAGUGAGAGAAGGAGCCGGGGGUCACUCAGUCAGACCCCCUCCAGUGGGGCUCUGUGAGGUUGAAGUAUCAUCACUGACCCACUGAUUUGCAAUGAAGUGGACCUGGUUAUGGCGUCCGCCUGUCUCAACUGAUUAAAGCUUUGUUUCAAACACA